GGCGUCAUAUACUGGACCAUAAAAGGCAUUCCCCCUUGCGUGUGGGUCGUGAACGAGCAUGAUGAAGAGAUAUAUGUCGUUGUGUCCAAGUAUCGUCCUAGUCGAAUGCUCACUGACGGAGGUGCAAAUGUCUCCGCUGCAGGAGUGGCUCCUGAAUUUAGGUGUGCUUCCUUUUCUAGCCCUGCUUGUCGAAAGAUCUCACCCCCUCGGGCCGAGGGUGAGGGAGUAUCUAUCGUAGUCUUUUCCCUUUGGAUGAGAAAAGAAGGAUUUGGCGUGAUAUCCAUCUCUAAAGGGCCCAAGAAGGAGGUUUUUGUUGAAGAUGACCGCAAUCCGCUUGGCGCUACUGCUCUUUUCAGGAAUAAACCGGAUCCGAGGAUAAUAGAAAAUGAGGGAAAGGAGGCAUCCGGCAAAGUAUCAGCAUAG